AUGAGCAAAAAGUUCAAGUCGCAGGCCUCCAGUAGUCGCGCUGCUGCUGGCAGUCUCGGAGGGUUUACCAGCACUUUUGGCGGUUUUUCAAUCGAUUCGGCAUCGUAUACAAAUGCGCCCUCGUCGCUGUCCUAUGUGGCCGAGCCUCCGGACCUGACCCGCAUCUCAGAUGCUAAUCUGGUGGUGGCCUUCAAAAAUCUUACCAAGAAGGAUGACACCACUAAGACUAGAGCGCUGGAGGAUAUCAAGGAAACGAUUGUGAGGCUCGGGAAUCGUAGUGAUGACCUGGAGGAUGGAUUUUUGGAGGCCUGGGGUCUAAUUGCAUCGCUUGCUGGCAAGCGAAUCGCGCGUUAUCUCCCCAAGGUAAUCGGCGCUUGGCUAGCAGGACUCUAUGACAACGACAAACUUGUCUCGCGUUCUGUAGUGGAAUCAGUAUCUCAAGUAUUCACCACUGAAGAAAAGCGUCUUAGUCUUUGGAAAGUUUUUCAAACCUCGAUACUGGAAUUUGUCGAUGAUGUUAUCCUCCAUCAAACUGCCUUGAGUCUCAGUGAUGAGAGAAUCGUGAAGCCCGAAGAUGCUGAAGCCAAGUUCGCGAGAGUGUCUGCCACUGCGAUCCUGCUUUUCAACCGUAUAAUAAGCACUGCUGCACCGGAGCAAAUAUCCAAGGAUCUACCUGUCAUCCAGACCAUUUUGAACACACGGGACUUUGAAAGUAUUGAUUGGCGAAUAAUCAGCCACAGCAUUAUUUCGCAAGCUUUACCAACAUCGCAACUUGGUUCUGCUACUGAGUUCUCCGAGACAAUCCUGCAGUUAUCUCAAACAAGACCGCAAGUAUGGACUACCGAUUUUAGUGGGAAGACUUCUGCCAGCAAGAGAUUGCGCCAAUACAUUCAAAAAGGAUCCCAGGGCGCCGCGGAAUCAUACUGGUCCAACCUGGUCGAAAUGCUUAAAAUUAUUCCAUCCGAAGUGAUUAGCAGCUAUGCUUCUAAAACUAAAGAAACUUCUCAGAUUGGGAGUCCACAAAUCAAAGCUAUCAUGAAUGACCUGCUGGAUGCCUUGACAUCUAGGGAUGAGCCGCGAUAUAACCUUAAAACAGGUUGGGCAGCUUACUAUGAUAUAGGAAUCUGGCUGUCAACCCUCAUUCCUGAGCAAGAAAGGAACGAAUUUGUUGAAGAAUUUUUGACACAGAUUUUCAAUCCGUAUGUAAAUGGCCAGGGUGACAAUCGGUGGAUGUUGCCUGCGUUUAGCGCCUUCGACACUUGCAAAGUUGCCUUUUUGAGACUUGCUAGUCAUGGAUGCGACGCAGAAUUAAAAUUCGCAUGGAAAACUGCUACACAAGAUCUGCUUCAAGCAGUUAAACUGUCUUUGCCAGAGCAGUCCAAAGAUUUUAAAUCGUCGCAGGAGGAGGUUUGCGCCAAAGCCAACCGCUAUUUCAAAUUACAAGCGGCAAUCCUUUCAAAUUCCUCACCAGAGAACAAUUCGAUUACCGUAUUAUUUCGGGAAACGAGUUUGCUUCUUUUGGAGGGCUCACUGCAGGCAUUACAGGCCCGAAAUGGAAAGCCUUACGGCGCCGCUGCAGUUGUGGAAGAAGCAAUUCGCCAUGUGCCACAACUGGUUGAAACCUCUGAAGCUGUUAUCGAGGCUCUCAAAGCUGGGAUUCCCAAGCUUCUCACAACCCCGUCUGCGGAUAGAAUCAUGUCGGUGGUUCUUAUGUGCAGUGACUGGGAAGAGUUUGAUUCUGUAUUCGAUGCUUCACUGCAACAGAUGACAGAAGCAACUCCAGACGGCUCAAGUGGUUCCGCACUUCAGAAAUUGCUUUCUACCGUUGACUUCCAGAAAGUGCAAGAUUCAUCUCAUUUGGUAUCCAUUGUGUCGACAAGCGUUGGGAAGGCAAUCCGAGGGAACCAAUCGGAAUGGCCGAUCGCCUUCUCGGUGGCUGAGAAUAAGACAGUACCUGAUGACAUAAUUAAUGAAAUUGUCAUGGCCCUACUGAGCGGACUGUCAUCAGAUGAAGAUUCUAUUAUCGCUACGCUUUCUGGGCUUUCAAAUUUUGGAGGACAGAAACCAGAAGCUCUUCGACGUCUUAGAAAGGGUAGAGAUGGCUCCCGCCUUGUGGCACGCUUACUCUAUUUGACUGAGUCGCCGAUAGACGAGAUCAGUCAGAAAUCUGUCCAAUUAGAGAAGAAAAUGAGAGAGACCGUGUCGGCAGAUAUUACUUUGGCAUCGAGCCGGGAGAUUGUAGAGCAGGGAUUAAAAUAUGCGGGCCCUCAAUCACUCUCUAUUGAUGUUCUCUCGGACAUGGCGCAAGAUCUGUUUCGGAAUACCAAGCCUGCGGAUUUACAUUCUUUAUUAAUUGACAUAUUCCCCUCAGAUGGAUUGUGGAAGGAAUCCUUGGGACCAUUCCUGGAAUUGCCUAUCAGACUUUCCACGUCAAUUACUAGUCCUCUAGGCGGAGCUGUCAACCUUCUGAGUAACGACUUGUCGUCAACUGCUCAGCAAGACCUAACAAAUGUACAGCGGGAUUCCGUGGGUGCAUCAUCGGCUUUUCGGUUGGCAACAUAUGUUGUGAAGAUUCUCUCUCUGCCAAAUGUACUCGUGUCUCUCAAUGCCCAGCAACGCGAGAGCCUCUUUUACUACUUGCCGCUUGCUCUGCAAUUGAUUGACGACGAUGUUGGCAUUGAAGCCUCAAUUGGAAUUGUUGGACUGGAGCUCUCGGAGGACCGAGACGAGGCUUUGGAGGUUGUUAGCGAUGGUCGAUCAAUUAUAAGUCAAUGGACUCACUCAGACACACGUUUAAGUGACAAUGGUCGUACUAUCCAAGAAGAUCUUCUAGGUUUAUGGGAGCUCAGGGUUGGCGCUUUGGACGAUCUAUCACCCGAGAGUUACCGGAUCGGUCAAGCAUACGUGAAAAUAAUAUCCGGAGUAGAUGCUACUAAGGGCUCUGACGCACUUACUGGUCUCGCACGAGAAAUUCGGAAGUAUAAUCCGAUACGUGCGGCUUCAGAACUUGCUGUCUGGGGCCCCAGUUUAUCCUUAUCACCAUCUGGCACACGCUUAUGCAAUGAACUAAUCGCAGAUGUCACUGGUUUCAAGCCAAAAAAAAAUCUUACCGACGGACCCAAAAGCGUUGUGCUUCUUAAUCUUUUGACCCAGAGUAUGGAAGGUAUUUUAGAUACGAUUCCUACGCAGCGGCUGGUAUUUCUUGUUAAAAACCUCAUCCAUAUUUUGCAAGAAAACCCAGAUUCGACAAGCAUCAAGACUGAAGCGUUCAAAGCUCUGUCAGCGAUUUUGAGACCUCUUUGCGAAAUCUACGGUUCACAUUGGAUCGAAUCAAUUGAACUUCUAAACACUACUUGGAAAGAUAUCCGUGGUGGAGAUGCAGAGCUUCCCGUUCUGCAUUCGUCCCUGAGACUCUUCUCUGCUUUGAGAGAUCUAGUGCAAUCCGAGAGCAAUGACGAUUUGACGGAUGCGUGGAAUGAGUCCAAACAAGAUCUAUUCGAGAAUCUCCUCUCUACCCUGUACAGAUUAGAUACAUCAAGCGCUGUUUUCCAGCCUCGGGACAUUACGGCAGAUUUGUUGAGACGAGAACUCAUGCACAUACCAGUGGAGUCUCUUGCGAAUAAGAAUGACAUGUUCUCGCUGUUAGCCGCUGAAUGCAAAAAUAUUCAACAGACAGCUUUUGAGAUACUCCAUCGACAUAUACCGCAAGCUCAAGAACAAGUAUCAUUUGAUGUUGCCUUGUCAAAGACAACUGUCAACCUUCCCGACGAAUUGUUGUCUCUAUUACUCGAAGCCCCGCAAGCAAAAUUAAUCACUCCAACGAGUGACACCACGGCGUGGAUCAGGAUCCGGGGUUAUUUGCUGAGUUGGAAAUUAGUUUUCGACCAUUUUUUGAAUUCUUCGCUACCUGUUCAGGAAAAUUACGCCGAGAACAUUAAGGAGAAUCAGAAUUUACCCCCCCUGUUAGAGUUUACCUUUGACUUCCUCCAAAAGUCUCACGGCAAACUUAUCGAUGCUUCCAAGUUCGAUAUCCGUUCAUGGGAACCCACUGAUGAACCCGGCGAGAGAGAUACGCAGUGGCUGCUCAUACAUCUUUACUUCCUUGCUCUCAGACACCUUUCCACAUUUACGAAAAACUGGUGGAUCGAUAGCCAAAAGCGAAUCAAGGGCCCAGUCGAGACUUGGACAGAAAAAUAUAUAUCACCAUAUAUCAUCGAAGACGCAUUAAAUAGCGUCUCUGCAUGGAUUGAGACUCAGGAAGAGGAUGAAGAGCGGCCGCUCUCUGUCAAAGUGUCCCAUCGGGCUGCAGAGCUUAUUGCCAGUAUUCCAGUAGACGAAGAUUCCCCUCCAGUAGCCAUGGCAAUAUCUCUUCCGCCGGCCUAUCCACUACAGCCUGCGAUUGUUACAGGCAAAAGCCGUGUGCUCGUUGACGAGCGGAAAUGGCGCAGUUGGAUGUUGAUCGUUCAGGGUGUGAUAAUGUUUUCCAAUGGCAACCUCGUGGAUGGCCUGCUUUCAUUCCGAAGGAAUGUGCAGGGCGCCCUGAAAGGACAGAGCGAAUGCGCUAUCUGCUAUUCUGUCAUUUCCACGGACAUGCAGACCCCCAACAAGCGCUGUGCGACCUGCAAGAACGCCUUCCAUUCAGUUUGCCUCUUCCGAUGGUUCAAGAGUAGCAACCAGAGCACAUGUCCACUUUGCCGAAAUAACUUUGUUUAUGUUUGA